AUGGCAGCCUCUAUCAAGCCAUCGGUCAUCAUGACCCAACUUAGUUCUUUCAUCACCAACAACGCAUCUGAUGCUGACGCUCUUUUUGAAAAACAACAAACUGUCCUGACUACGGUCGGAACAUACAAGUGGUUCAUUGGUACAGCCAUCUUUGCUCUGACCGUCGGUUGGCAGAUAUUUCACUACUUCUUCAUUCACGAUGCUCCUCCAAAAGGUCUGAAGCGUUUGCCAGGACCUUUGAGCACUCUUCCAUGGUUGGGUCGAGUUCACGAUAUUCCUCCAGAUGGUCCUUGGUUUGCGUGGAGAAAGAUUCUCGAAAAGCCAGAGUACAAUGGCAUCGCAGCGUCCACCAUCUGCGGUGAGAUGCAUGUUUGGAUUGGUAACUUUGAGCUCGCAAAGGACUUCCUCAUCAAGAAAGCAAAGAUUUAUUCUUCCCGGCCUGAAGUGCCUGCUGUUCCAGGAUCCGACUCUCAACACCAAUAUCUACCUCUUAUGAAACGGGACGAGCACUGGGUUCAGCAGCGCAAGUUCGCCCACACUGUACUGUCCGCAGCCUACAACAAGCAAUAUUACGGAUUUGUCUCGCAUGAAGUCAAGAAAUUCAUGUAUCAACUCCUUCUGGACCCAAAUGACCACUUCGCCCUGACCGAUCGAUACUGCGGUCGAAUCUCAGCACGUAUGGGCUACGGCUCUGCUGCAUCUGCUGCUGCGCAUUGCAAGAACGCAGGCGAAUUCAUUCCCCAGAUCUCUCCAUCAGGUCCGAUUACCAACCUACUUCCACUUCUCGGCAAGCUACCAGAGUUCAUGAACCCUUCAAUUCGCGCAGUACGACAGAGGCGAGAGAAGGAAGAAAAGCUAUGGAAGGGUCUUAUGGAUCAGGUCAGAAAGGAGAUGGAGCUUGGUACAGCCGCACCCGUCAGCUAUGCACGAACCUUCCUCGAGCGAAAAGCCAUCGAAGCCAAGCCAUGGGGCUUCGAUGAUCAUGAGGCUGCAUACGCUAUUGGCAUGUUGGUAACAGUCGCUAUCUUCACUAUUGGUGGUCCUCUCUAUGCCUUCUUACUCACUAUGGUUCUCCAUCCUGAGUGGCAGGAGAAGGUUCGACAAGAGGUUCUCAGUGUCGUUGGUACUGAUCGCGUUGUUGAGGUUACUGAUUCUCCACAACUCGUACUUUUGCGAGCUGUUAUCCGAGAGACCCUCCGAUGGCGUCCACCUGUCCCUCUUGGUGUCCCACGUCUUCUAGAGGAAGAUGACGAGUGGAACGGCUACUACAUUCCUAAAGGUGCCAUCAUUCAUGCCUGCGAUUUGGCGCUUGCUCGAGACGAGAAGGUCUACCCAGAUUGCGAGAACUUCCGACCAGAAAGAUGGAUCGAGAAGGAAUGGCCAACUUACAAGGAGCCACUCACUGAACACCCCAGACUGAUGGGCUCGCAUCAUUUCGGUAUGGGUCGCAGAAUGUGCCCCGGUAUCGAGCUUACUGAGGCUGAACUUUUGGUUGCCUGUGGCACUAUUGUUACCUGCUUCAAGCUGCAACCGAUCAAAGACGCUAACGGCAAGGAAGUGCCACCACCGAACUACGAUUUCACACCAAAUCUAAUUGGUGGACCUCUUCCUUUCCAGAUGGACGUUGUUGUCCAUCCUGGCAUGGCCGACAAGAUCAAGAAGUGGUACGCCGACAGUUCGGCAGUUGAAGAGGCUGGUGCUCAGAUUUUCAUUGACUAG